UUUUUAAGAAAAUAAUACAAAAUAUGGAGCAAACCGAGGAACAAUCCUUACAUCAUUUACAUGACGUGCCAGAGGAGGAUCUCCUGGUUCACUGUGUCUCAGACACCCAGAUGAAGCAGGAGGAGGAUGAGCUGGAGAACGAUCUGACUCUAGACACUGCCCAUGAUGAAGUAAUCUCUUGGAGCGAAGACAUGCCCAGAGAUAUAGUUAUCUUCAUAUUUAAGUACCUUGACUGUAAGACACUUACCAAGGUCGCCAUGACAAAUUCAUUCUGGUAUGAAUUAUACACUUCAAAGGAGAUCCAAAAGUGUUUCAAGAUCGAAUGCCUUGAUCUUUUUGAGAAGACUGGAAUAUACUCUGCCACAAAGAAAUAUAUGACAAUUUUUCAGGAUUGGAAGAAUAUGUUCAUCUUCCGUCCCAGAGUAAGGUGUGAUGGCGCUUACUUUGCCAAGGUAGAAUACUGGCAUGACGGCCUUACUGAGUUUGGCGACUACCAUCCUAUUCAUAAGGUCACUUACUAUAAUUUCUUGUGAUUUAGACAGGACGGGAAGGUCUGCUAUACUUCGACACACUAUGAACCUCAGAUUUUCUUGGAGAAACUGAAGAGAAAGAAGGUCGAGGUUGACUUCGGUACUUAUUCUGUCAAGAACGACUGUGUUGAAGUCCAUAUUCCAAAAAAUAAGACAAUCUAUGUGCACAAGUACGCUCUUCAAGGCUCAAUGGGUAAUUUCUCAGACAGCUUUGUGCUCAAGGCAAAGAGCAUGAUCAAUGAAGAGGCUCAGUACUACAAGAACAUAAAGCUGGACCAUUCGAAAGCGAUUUUUGAGUUCCAGAACCAGAAGAUGAACAUUGACUUUGACAGCGAAUGACUUAUCAAAGUAUUUUAA